CAUAAUGCUAAUACAUAACACUGCCACCCAGUGGAAUUGGACGGUUAGCCACCAACUGCAUAUUUGCUUGCUCCAAAAAAGGUUCUGAGAUUUGCCACUGAAAAGCAAGAUGGCUCAACUUCAAAACCUUUACGCCAUUAUGAAAUAUCUGAUGAUGAUGCUAAGCGGCAUCAUAUUGAUCAGUGGCAUUGUGCUCCUGGCCGUGGGGAUCUGGAUCAGCGUUGGCGCCUCCAACCACAUCAAGAACAUCGGCGACUUCUCCACCCAGCUGGGCGUCAUCAGCACCAUCUGCACCGUCAGUGGAGGCGGCCUCACCCUGCUCGGCCUCAUCGGCUGCUACGGGGCCUGGGCUGAGAAGCGUAUGCUGAUCCUGGUGUACUUUGUGGUUAUAAGUGUGGUGUUCCUUGCUGAGCUUACCAUGACACUUUUAGCUCUGGUGUACCAAAAUAGGGUGGAGAAUGUCAUUCGUGAGGCCAGCAAGCGGACGCUGAAGGAGUCCUACAAGGGUCCCGGUGCCAAUGACGCUAUCUCCGCCGGGUGGAAUGCUAUCAUGAUGAAGUUUAAGUGCUGUGGCGUGUCGAACACCACCAAUGACUUUGUGGGCUCAGCCUUCACUAAUGCCACAUCGCUGCUGUACCCCACAACCUGCUGUGUGAACAUGGAGUCCCCCAGCUGUGACGGCAUGAACACCGCCCCGGGCAUACUGUACUCCGAGGGCUGUGAUGUUAAGAUGAUAACUAUUGUGAAAAGUCAAGGCCUCAUUCUGGGCAGUGUAGCUGCAUGUAUCUGCGUGAUGGAGCUGGCCUCCAUGGUUAUAUCCGUGGUGCUCUACGUCAGGCUUGGCGCCUUAGGCCGUUAAAUAUGAUGUCCAGACUUCCCCUUUACGAUUAAUAAAGUCAACCGUUCACAAUGA